AUGGCCUCGUCUUCACAACCGUUCCUCACACCCGAGGACAGAAUAGAGAGCAACAUGGACACGCCAGAUGACGAGCCCAAGACCUCUCGCAAGCAUGCCAAGAGCCGCAAGACUCGGCGACUCUACACAACUACUCAGGUCACGGUUUACUUCUUGGCCGCCUGGGGUUUCGUAUCCCUCUGCCUUGAAGCCGCUCAGCGUAUCCUCACAGAGCCGCCCCUCGCCGCAAAGCCCGAUCCAUACCACCCGGAGACGCUCGCGUUGGACCUCAAUAUCUGCGACUGCGGCACCACCAUCGCCGAGGCUCUCUCACGGGACUGCAUUUACGACACAAUGGCCACGGCCUGGCUCCCGCCCUACUGCCGCGACGAAGAGCUCACGGCCGAGUUCGACCGCGCCGGUCCCGGCCCGGAAGGCGCAUGGUCGUACUUUGCCGACGCAAACGGCACCAUUCCCCUGAAUAAGACGCAGAUGGGUGAGUUGGGCGAGACUGGGGGUACAUUCUGGGCGUCGCGGAACUGGCACAUUGCACACUGCGUGUUUUACUGGCAGAAGUACUGGCGGAUUCGCAAGACGGGUCGGGUCAUGGAGAAGCGGUUCGACACGCUGGCGCAUGUGAAGCACUGCUCGCGACUGAUACUGAAUCCAAUGCCGGAUCAUUUUUUCCUGCUCGAGGUGCCCGUCACCAUGAAUUCGAGCAAGGAGAUAGCGGCCUAG